UAUUAUUAUUAUUAUUAUUAUUCAGACGCUUUUUUCUCCAAGGCAAUUUCCAAUGAUAAACGUUAAUCGACUUUACAAACAUUUACCGGUAUAUACAGCAGGAUAUUCUUGGUGUAUCAGGGUAAGUAGCUACUUUAGAGAGGGUAUUAGUCUAAGCAGGAGUGGAGAACCAUCCAUCGGCCGUCACUUUCGGAAGAAGCGGUUCCGAACGGACUCCACCUGCUCAGCUGGGUCACCGUGCUGUGUCUCUCUGCUGCUGCUCGGGGUCCGCAGGGACUGGGAGCUCGAGCGCAGCGCGCGCCCGCGUCAUGGUGGUCGUGUCGGAGGGCAGCGCGGCCGCCCCCUCGGCCGGCGCACCCGGCAGGCCGCUCCAGGUGGGCUUCUACGAGAUCCUGAGGACCCUCGGCAAGGGCAACUUCGCCGUGGUCAAACUGGCCCGACACAAAGUGACCAAAACACAGGUGGCCAUCAAAAUUAUUGACAAGACAAGGCUGAACUCUUCGAAUCUGGAGAAGAUCUACAGAGAGGUUCAGAUAAUGAAACUCCUCAACCACCCCCACAUCAUCAAGCUCUAUCAGGUCAUGGAGACAAAAGACAUGCUGUACAUUGUUACAGAAUAUGCAAAAAACGGAGAGAUGUUUGAUUACUUGACCACCAACGGACGCAUGAGCGAAGGAGAGGCACGACAGAAAUUCUGGCAGAUUCUGACAGCGGUGGAGUACUGCCACGCGCACCACAUCGUGCACAGAGACCUCAAGACUGAGAACCUGCUGCUGGACGCUAACAUGAACAUCAAGCUGGCAGACUUUGGCUUUGGAAACUUCUACCACUCUGGGGAGCCGCUGUCCACUUGGUGCGGGAGCCCACCCUACGCAGCCCCUGAGGUCUUUGAAGGGAAAGAGUACCAGGGGCCGCAGCUGGACAUUUGGAGUCUGGGUGUGGUGCUCUAUGUGCUGGUGUGUGGAUUACUGCCCUUUGACGGGCCGAACCUCCCUGCCCUGAGGCAAAGGGUGACCGAGGGGCGCUUCCGAAUUCCAUUCUUCAUGUCACAAGAGUGUGAGAAUCUCAUCCGGAAGAUGCUGGUAGUGGACCCAGCCAAGCGGAUCAGCAUCGCCCAGAUUAAACAGCACCGCUGGAUGCAAUCUGACCCAGUGGCUCCAUGCCUUGUGCUUUCUGACUAUGGCUCCAAUCUAGGGGACUACAAUGAGCAAGUACUGACUAUCAUGCAGGCCCUGGGUAUCGACCGCCAGAAAACCAUCGAGUCUCUUCAGAAAAGCAGCUACAACCACUUCUCCGCAAUCUACUACCUGCUGCUUGUGAGGGUCAAGGAGCAUCGCGGUCAGCAGCUCAGCCUCCAGACAGGGGGUUGGACCCAGCAGCCGUGCAGCGUCUCCAACUCUUCCACCCCAGAGAUGGCCUCAGAACCUCUGGAGAGCUUCCGGACAGCCUGUCAGUGGCCAGCGCAGACAAGCGUCCCUUUCCAUUCCGAGCUCGAAUGUGAUUCAUCUGGGCUGUUCCAGCGUUUAGUCUUCCCUGUGGAAUCAAGCUUGAACGGGCUUCUCCGGAAUCGAUCCAUCUCCCCGAACAGCCUGCUGGAGACAACUAUCAGUGAGGAAGUACGGCCCCGAGAUUCGGAGGAAGAGGAGGGCCCAUCAGCGGCCCCGCCCACUCGCUUGCCCAGCAACAACUCCCGCAGGCAUACGCUGGCCGAGGUCUCCGCCCACUUCCACCAGUGCAGCCCACCGUACAUUGUGGUUUCCUCCGUCGGCCCGUCAGAUGGCGCAUCCUCAGACAGCUGUCUGACCUCAUCCUCUUCCGGCGCAGGCCCCUUUCAGUCCUCUAGGAUGGGGGAGAUCCCUACCCAGCUGGCACCCAGCACAGGCCCCACGUCCUCCACCGUCUUGCUGCAGGCCCAGGCCAGUUUCCAGCAGGGUCGCCGGGCCUCCGACACCUCUCUCACACAAGGUUUGAAGGCGUUUCGGCAACAGCUGAGGAAGAGCACACGCGCCAAAGGUCUGCUGGGGCUCAACAAGAUCAAAGGGCUGACUCGGGCGACCUGCGGGAACCCCCCGUGCCCCCGGAGCAGCCGCGGCUCCCUGAGCCCCUGUGUCUGCACCCCUCCAGGCCUGUCCGCCUCUCCUGGGGCUCGUGAGCACCGCACCCUGCUGGAGGAGGUCCUGCAUCAGCAGAGGAUGCUCCAGUUGCAGCAUCAGCACCAGCCAGUGGUGAUGUCAGGCCAGCAGCUCAUUCUCAGUCAACAGCUGACCAAGCCACCUCUCUCUGGUCCCUUCUCCUUACUCUCGUUGCCACACGGUCAUGUCCCUCUGAACCUGCAGCAUACCCUCUUGCAGCAGACCCCAGAACCCACUGGCUCCUCUUCUUCACCCUUGUCCCCGGUGACUUCGACUGCCCAUCUCUUGGAAGCCCAUCUGCACAUCAGCCAGCAGCCUUGGGCUCCACCUCAGGCCUCAUCCCUGCCUCUGUCCAAGUUCUCCUUCUUGCCUCGUGACGGUGGUUUAAGCUUGCGAACGGCUCCUAGUGCGGACCCCACCGGACAGCCGCAGCUCAGCAACUUCGUGAUGGUGAAGUAGAGCGUCCGAGAGCCCGGAACUGAUCGUUGAGGAACAGCGACCAUUUCUUACCUCUAACAGUGCCGCUGUUUACCGCUUCUCCACAACUCAUCAAAAAGGAUUGGACAGAAGUGCAAAAAUUGUCAGGACAGCAAAGAACAGCACAACUGGGCUGUAGAAAAGUUAUUAAGCAAAAAAGGUGACCGAUCCUCACACCGGUGGACCGCAUGCAUAGUUAUGUCCACGUUUGCCCGCGUGUGUUUGCGGAAUCUAAGACAAGCAAUAACCACAGUCUCGUGCAGGCGGUUCCUCCUUGCCAGACCCUCAGAAACGCAAUACUGGCUAGAGCCGCCGCACCGUGGAGACCAUGGCUGAGAUAAUGAGUGGUCCUACCUAUAGUACCAAGGACCUGUAUCAUUUAGGUAUAUUGACUUUUUUAUGAAGUAUGUCUUUAUAUCUUCCCGAGAAGGUGUGCUUUCAAGACCAGACCUUGUUUUGUCUUGUUUUUGCUCAACUAUAUUAGAAGAGACCAAAGCCUAUUUCUUUAGUUUGCUUCAUUCUUCUUUACAGCAUUUGUUUUCCCUCAAACUUUACCUUUUUUUUUACUGUCCCCAUUUUUUUCAUAAGGGUGCUUCAGGAAGCUCGCUGGUACUGCUUGAUGAACAGAAGCUUGACAGAGUCAUAGGUUGACAAAGAAAGCACAAAUUGGUACAGCAAAGGGUCUGUGUCGGCCACCAGUAAAGUGAUUUUAACGCUGCAGACGGCUAGACACGUAACAUUAUUACUUUGUUAUACGUGAUGUGAUCAGUUUAUACCUUAGCUAGAUGUCGCGAUGCAAAAUUUCGAUACGCUGCUUCCCCAUUUAGGAGAGGAGAUGCGCAUCGCCGUGGCUCUUUUUUGUGCUUUUUGAGAAGCGCGGUCCUGAGGACUACGUUGUUGUUAAAAAUCCUGUCCCCUCUUUUCCCGGACGGGGGUUCGUGUGUCUUGCAAUAGCACCUUUGCCGUCUCAUCACUACCUCCUCUAUGCGAGAGACCCCACUCUCCCAGGCGCCUGUGUCGCUGUUCAGACCGAUCAGUAUUAGAAAAAGCCAAAGUGUCAGUGCUGCACCGCAGUGGCUGCAGUGUGAAACGUGAACACUUGUGAAGUGUUGGGGAAGGCCGGGAAAGUCUGCCUGCUGCACCGGGUGGUCACUGUAGCAGCCCCACCUGCCUCACUCUGUUGGCCCCCGAGGCAAGAGCGCAGGGGUCUCGCUCUCGUACAGAUUGUACUCGUCCUUCGUGCGUUUUUUUUCGUUCGUCGUUCUCUCACUGUUUCCAUUUUCAAGAGGACUUUGUGACUCUAGCAAUAGACUGAAUUCUGUGCUUUCUGCUUUGUCUGUAGGUGCGAUGUCAUUUCGUGAUUUGGUGUUUUCAGUAGAAAGCAGUGUUGCCAGGCAAACGUGUCCGUAUUUAUUUCACAAAGAAUUUUCGACGAAUUAUACUUGACUACUGUGUAUUUUGACCUGUUCCUGUCCAUAAUUCUGGCCUCGGUCCCAUUUAUGUGGGAAGUCUUCCAUGUCGUCAGGUUUCAAAGGAAAAA